UUGUUUGUUUGAUUUUCUCAAGAAAGAAAGCGUCAACAAAUGACACGGAAUCAGACAAGAAGCGGCUGAUUGCUUCCAUAAUUGUAACUUUUUCAAAACGGCGUUCAACGAUGUUCGACAAAACCAUAAAGGACUUCCGCAUUAAUUUCAACGCUUUGAACGAAAAGAACACUUUUUCCAGCGGAGACCUGGUGACGGGACAGAUUUCCUUCGAGCUCUCCAAGGCGACAAAGAUUAGAUCAAUCACGAUGUGUCUGACGGGAAAGGUAGACGUCCACUGGUCCUCAGGAGGAGGCAAACAUAAAAGAACGUACCACGCCAAAAUGGACUUCUUUCAUCUCAAAAGCAUGAUUUUGCAAGAAGGAGCGGUUGGGGGCCCCGCCCAACUUCCUCCUGGCAGGCAUGUGUAUCAAUAUACAUGUCAGAUCCCGCAAGGAGACUUCCCAUCCAGUUUCCGCGGGCGUCAUGGACAAACAUGCUACAAGCUAACAGUGGGCAUUGACAGGCCGUGGCAUAUGUCAAAGGAUUUUGUGACGGAGUUGAACUUUGUGCACCACGUCGAUUCCAACCAGCCAGAGCUAAUGGCUCCCCUCUCAGGCUCCAACAGCAUGAGCGUGUGCUCCCUGAGUUGUGCCUCAGGUUCCAUCGAAAUGACGGCCAGCGUGGAAAAGAAAGGCUUCAUGCGAGGUGAAACGAUCAAGAUCAUUUGUUACUUCAGCAACGCUUCAUCUCGUACAGUGACUCCCAAGGCCAAGCUGAUGCAGAAGCAGCAAUACAACAUGCCUAAAAGGGUCCAAAGACGCUUAUUAGUGAAAAACCUGGACUCUGUGACCGGGCUGCCCAUCAGCGCUCACACCUCAGACGCACACACUGAGAUGAUGCUCACCAUUCCCGCUGAAUCGUCACUCACCAUCUCCAACUGCAGCCUCCUGCGGGUUGAAUACGAGAUCGAGCUGAGCCUCUGCCUAAGAGCCUCCUCGGACCUCACCCUGCUGUUUCCCAUAGUCCUUUGUGACAUCCCUUUACAUCCGCAUUAUUUAGACUAACAUUUCAAAAGUACCUUAUAUGAAGAUGCAAUACUUUUGAUUUUACAGUACUGUGAUCUCGCUCUUGGAUUGGGAGUGCCUUUUGACCUCCACGCUCUUCACCCAGUCUGAUCACCUUUUCUACUGGGUUAAAGUUACAAACUAUGCAAAGUUAGUAUUGAACAAACAUUGCUUCGUCACUGCCUCAAGGGUAUGUUUUGCCAUUAUUUUGAAUGUAUUCCACUUUUAACAAUAUAUUUGCACUGCCAAAACUUUCAAUGCACUUGUGCUUGAUCUGUGCUUCAUCAGGUAGUUUCAAUUCAAGUGAUACAAAUGCUUGCUUUGCUUCUUUCUUGCAGCAUUGUGUUCCAUGUUAGUAACUGGAGGAACUCAAAUAUUGGCUGUUUGAUAUACAGUAUAAUGGAGGAGCUGCAGUCUUUGAACAUUUAGAAUUAAUGGACAAAUACUAACCAUCUUCAGCCUUAAUAUGGAUCCUUUUUCUUGAACCUGAUGCAUUGUUAUUUAGCUGGCACUUUUACAUGUUUACUCUAAAUAGCGUUGCAUACAUAUUAAUAUGUAAAUAAGUACUUUCAUAUUUUUUUAUUCUAUACGGUUGUGCACAUAUCACUGCUGCUGCUGUUUUUUUUUUUUUUUUUUUUAUGAAAUGUUUUGCUUAUGUAGCUUUUAGAAUCAAAAUGCCUUCAAUAGAACUUGGUCCUUGAUGCACAGCAGGAAUUUUGUACUUUACAAUAUUAAAAAAAAAAAAAUUGUUACCGCCA